CCUUCCCGGGAAAGUCCGACCCCGCCUGCGCCCGCCCGCGGCUCCGCCUCCCGCCCGCCCCGCCAGAUGCCCUCGCCUCGGCCUGCGUGCUAGUCCGGCUGAAGCGGCUCGCGGAGGCAGUGGAGCUGCGUCCCCUGCGAACACGGUUUUCUUGGCGUUGUGACACCCAGACGGGAGCCUGUCCCCUCCAGAAUGAAGGUCUUCCUGCCCAUACUCCUGGCCGCCCUUCUGGGUGUGGAGCAAGCCCACUCCCUGGUGUGCUUCUCUUGCACGAAUCAGAAUAGCAAUUUCUACUGCCUGAAGCCCACCAUCUGCUCCGACUCUGACAACUACUGUGUGACCAUAUCUGCCGCUGCUGGCAUCGGGAACAUGGUGGACUUUGGCCACAGUCUGAACAAGGGCUGCUCCCCAAUCUGCCCUGCCCCCCCGAACGUCAACCUCGGCGUGGCAUCCAUGGGCACCCACUGCUGCCAGAGCUUCCUGUGCAACAUCAGCGCGGCCGAUGGCGGGCUGCGGGCCAGUGCUGUCAUGCUUGGCCUCGGGCUGCUGCUCAGCCUGCUGUCGGCUUCGCUGCGGCUUGGCCCCUGACCACCUGGACCCUGUGCCUGGCCCUGCCUCCAGCAGCUAAGGAAGGAAAGCCCAGCCCUGCCCAGACCCUUCAGCUCCUCAUCCUGCCCAAUCCCACCUCCUUGGCCCAGCCCCCACCGUCGGGCCUGCCCCCUGCACCUACACUUGCCCCCAGAGGUCCCAGCUACCCUCACUCCCUCACUUCCAGGAUCAAUGAUACAACCUUCCUCGGGGAACAUGUGAAGGGAUAAGGACCCACCUAGAGCCUGUGGGUCCCAGAGUCAGAACUGAGUCACAGUGGAAUGGGUACCUAAGCCCCGGGCCCUGUCCGUCCCCAGACAGUGGUGUGUAUGUAAGAUGUGCUUUGAGCACUGUCUUAGACGGGGCAGCGUGCUGUGGUUGUGGAUAUCCCCAGCUGAGUGGGCAGGUGUGCCAUUGCGUGGCCUUGUUGGCCGAGCUUGGGGAAGGAGUGGGGGUAAGCAGCCCUGAGCCCCGCGCUCCGACACCACAGCCGUUCUUGGGUGUUUGGGACCGUGCACUCCACUCGCUCAAUGGCAGGGAUUACACUGCUUCCAGGUCCAGGCUUCUGGACCCAGAAAUCAUCUCUGACCCCCAAAUCCAGCUGCAGCCCCCGCCCCUGCCCCCCACACACACACUUGAGCCCUCCUGCUGCUUUGGUGCUUCAAGUAAACUCGGAUGUUCCCACC